CGUUGUUUAUACUCCCUUUGUCUGUUUAUGAGUACUUUUCAAUUAUUUUUCUUACUCCAAUUUUUUUUAUAAUUAAUUUUUGAAAAUAUUAAAGUAUAUGGGUAAUGAUACAUGCAACUCUUAGGGUUACAUAUAAGCAUAAAAAUGCAUUUUCUUAAAUGUUACUAAUAUUUGAACAUUUACUACAAAUCACGCAUUGAUUGAUGUAAUUAAUGUUUAAUAAUUUUUUAUUAGUAGCUAUUUAGGGCGAUGUUUAUAAAUUUUUAUUUAUUUAUUUUUAUUAUUACUACGUACAUACAGAGUAUUUUUCAAUUAUUAUGGCAUGACACAUUUUGCUUGUGAAAAGUUUCACUAGUAUCUUAUCUUCUCAAUUAUACGAUAGGCAAGAGCUUAUAUGGCAUAAUUUUUCUUAGUUGGUAGGAUUUUGACUUAUUUGACAUUUUGACCUUUCCUUGAAUUUUGGCUUGGCAUUUUACUCUUGAUUGACUACGUAUGGAGUAAUAGUAAAUUCAAUAACUGUACAAUUUGAAGCGACUUUGUAACUAAUUGACCUACCAUUAAAAGAUCAAGUUUUGUGCUUAAUAAGCUAAGAUAUCGAUGUACCAAUCAUAUUGAGUUCAUUGUAGCAUAUGAGCCUAACCCAUGGAAGAGAGAAACUGCCAUCAUUUUUGUCUGUUUUGUGGAUCACUAUUGAAAUCAUGGUUAAUGUGUAAUAAUUAACAAAAAAGGAAAGUACUAAAACCAAACAUAGUAGAGGAGAUAGUAAGUUUUGAUUAUUUGACCAACCAUUUGAAGUACGUAGUAUUAAAAAUUUUCCAAGGGACAAACCAAAACCGUAAUUGAAACAAAUAUCAACAUAAAGAAUAUACUCAUAUAGUGAUUAAUUAAAGUUUUUCUCCCGAUUUCAAGAAAUUCUAAUAUCAAUUUACCCAUCUUUAUGACUCUUAAAAAAAAUAAAUAAAAAAAAAUAAAAAUUGACCGAAAAAGUCAAAUUUUAACUCGCACUAUUCUUAUGUAAACCCAAAAAAUAAAAAAUACAAAUUUUGUUAAAAGGGCCUAAAAUAUGAUGAUCCAUCAACCUUGUUUACUGACCCACGUCCAAGGCUCAAGCCCAUCAAUCAAAUUUUGUAAGGAACACUCACAAACUCACUCCAACGGUCAUAUUUCAUGUUCCCAAUACCACGAUUUCAAGAACCAUCUUCAGAUUCUUCACCAACUCAUCAAUUACAUCACUCCGCUCCCUCAAAUCUCAAAACUCAAAAAUCCAUCAAAAUUCUAUUUUUAAACUUAAAUAAUCUAAAAUGGGUGUUAAAAAAUUGAACAAUUCAAUCGAAUUAUCGCCAUCUUUAGAAGAUGAUUCCCCAAUUAGAGCAGUUUUCUGCCUGAAAAACAAAACAAUUGAUAUGAAAAAGAUUGAAGAACUUGAAGAUUGCUUCAUUUUGGAUUUUGAUCCUUCUGAACCUGCAGAUUUUUCCACACUUUCUCUCUCUAAAAGUUCAGAUCUUUGCGACGAUAAAGAUUUCUCCGUUCUUGCUGAAAAUGGCCAGGUGGCUUGUAGAGAUUUCCCACAUCCAAGACAUCUCUGUGUUAAAUUCCCAUUUGAGAAAACACCCCAUGAAUCACAUUGCAAAAUGUGUUAUUGCUAUGUAUGUGAAAUGGCGGCGCCUUGCAAAGAAUGGACAAAAGGGUUGAAGCAUUGUGAUGCAACUAAUGAUGAUGAUGAAAUCUGGAAGUUGCUAAAGGCUAAAAAAACCGAAGCUUAAAACCCCUAAUUAAUGGAGAAUGCUACUAGUUAAAUUUUUGGCUACUUUUUGUAAAGUUGAAAGAUUUCAAGUCAAAUUCAUGCUUAGAAUUGGCUUAUGGUAGUGACUAGUAGCAAUUAGAGUUGCAUUUUGUUAUAACUUAAAAGGAUAUGCAACUCUUAGUUGUAAUGUUUUGCUAAGAAGUGUAGAUAUAAAGUUAUGUUAUGGUAAUGGUAAAUGAUUAUUUGUCACAAAGUAUGAGAUUUUGGUUCAAUUUUCUACAUUUUCUCUUCUUUAUUUAUUUAUUAUUUUUUUACUCUACCCCUAA